AUUUUUUUUUUAAUCGACGGUCGUUUAACUGGUACUCAAAAGAGAACUAGUAAAUUGGAAAAUGAAACAAGGAAAACAUUCACAAUGACCAACACUCAUCAGUUUUUGAGCGCAAAAUUGACAGGAUUGAUUGAGCGAGACGUGAAUGGUGACGUGCUUUGGACAUGGUCAUUCCCCUCAGUGAGUGAUACAGACAGAGAAUUCUUCACACAGAGAUCACACCUCAGUACCCCAGACACCACAGUACCUUUUUUGUACAGUCAGAGAGAUCGUAGCUGGUACUACAUUCUGAGUAGUGUGGUGGAUGACACUGACCAAUUACACAAAGUCACACAUGUUUCCAUUGUUCUAGUCACCAAAGAUUUCAACCCAGAAAAGUACGAGAUUCUCUGUCGGGUGCUGCUGAAGAAGUAUCGGAAAUCAGGAAAUCCUGCACUGUUACUGGAGAACUACCUCAAUGUCAUCACCAGAGGGAGCUGUUCUACGGAGGAAAAUGGACGAUUUUCUGUUCAAGACUACGACAUCAAACGAUCAUAUGCCAAAAGUAAACUUAAAGAUUUCAUUUUGACUUACGGGAUGGAGUCCGUUAUUGUGUACACGGCUUUGAUUUUGAAAAAGAGGCUGGUGGUGUACUGUCCCGAGAAUCAGGUCCAGCAGCUGAUGUCCAUCGUCAGGUCCCUCCCAGCCCUGGUGUGGCACAGACAGAACUGGGACAUAGCCUUUCCUGUGAUAGAGAUGGAUGAUGUCGAUUUAACCAUGCUUAAGGAGACCAGUAACUAUGUAGCAGGUGUCACCGAUGCAGCUGUGGAAGGGAGAACAGAUUUGUACGAUGUUUUUGUUAACACCUCAACAGGACAGAUUUCUAUAGCACCAGAGGCCAAAGAAUCAUUAGCAAUGGGUAAGCUGCACAAGGACAUAGCUAAACACAUGGUGCAGUGUGCUGAAACAGAAGAAAUGACUGAGGAACAGCUUAUCAAAGAAAUUUCUAAUAAAACCAAGGAACUGUUAAACAACCUCAGGAGCUUAUCGACCCAAACCAGUGACGGGAAAGAAGUCAUUCAGCUGGAGACAUUAAAGGAACGCAAGAUGGCCCCCGCCACUGAGAGUUUUCUGUAUUCCCUAGCUGCGUGUGAGGGAUUAGUAGAAGUGUGAUGUGUUGUCAUUAGAAACGAGAUACUGUAACUAAAUCAAGGGAAAAUGUGAACAAAUCGUCAAACAUCACGAACAAAUCUUCCAACAUCACGUACUGCAGUUUCUAGAACACAUUUUUUUUUUCAUAUUUCCAAUCAAGGGCCCUCAAUGGGCAGCAUGAAAAUACAUACAAAUGUAUACAUAGAUUAGCAAAGAAAAAGAAGUGAUUACAUGACACAUGGUUUGAACACAAUGUCACUGUUGUUAAUUGCAUACAUUGUUAUAAAAUAGAUUUACUGAUAUGCAUUUAGAAUAGAUGGGUCUUCGGAACAUAAUAUGUAAAUGACAUUCACGUAUACAUAAUCUCUCUGUAUAUACAUAUAUAUAAUGUUGGAGAUACUUUAAAGACAUGAAUGAGAUUUUAGUAUAGGAUUCACAUUUGAUUUGUCUGUAAAUUCAUUAUUUAUGACGGAUGUAUUAAAAUUUGUUAAAAUGA